AUUGCUCGUCCAUCGUUUCUUAAGCCUUUUAAUGAAGUGUGGGGAGGCAGUGGGGCUAGAGACAGGCGGGGCUUUAGUUUUCAAGCGCAUUCAAUCCCGUAAGUCAGACAGGCCCUAGCCCGCUUGCGCAGGUGGGCGGGACAGGAAAGGGAGUAUCAUGAUCCCCACGCCGUGGUAUGAGCAUGCUGGAGCGCAAGGCCCAUUUGCCGAAGUCUACGAGCCCGCCGAGGACACCUUCCUGCUCCUGGACGCUCUGGAGCAAGACGCCGAGAAACUGAGACGCGCGAACAUUGAAAUCUGCCUUGAAGUAGGAUCUGGAUCUGGAGUAGUUUCAACUUUUGUGGCAUCACUGAUUGAAUCCAAAGCUUUAUACAUAUGUACUGAUAUCAACCCUGUGGCAGGUCUGUGCACAGUGGAGACAGCUAUACGUAAUAAGGUUGACAUUCAACCCAUAAUUACUGAUUUGGUAACAGGAUUGUUGCCACGACUUCUUGGGAAAGUUGAUUUGCUGCUGUUUAACCCACCUUAUGUGGUAACUCCUUCUGUUGAGGUGAAAAGCCAUGGAAUAGCAGCAGCCUGGGCUGGAGGUAAAAAUGGCAGAGAAGUUAUGGAUAGGCUCUUUCCAGUUGUGUCAGACUUGCUUUCAACAAGAGGUUUAUUUUACCUAGUUACAGUUAAAGAAAAUAAUCCAGAUGAAAUUAUAGAAAUGUUACAGAAAACUGGUUUAAAAGGCACCAAAGCAGUAUGUAGACAAGCCGGAAGUGAAAAUCUCUCAGUACUGAGAUUCUGUAAAUCCUGAAGACUUCAUAUGCUAUUAUACUGGGGGGUAAAUCACAAUUAAAAAAAUAUAUUUUUGUAUAAUUAUGCUGUCAUGAAUUUGUUUGUAGUUUGUCAUGGUGUUGAAAGAUGCUAAUUUUAUCUGCUUAGUUAGUUGUUGAAUAGUGCAAAUUCACCACUGUGGAAAGAAGUCAUUACAAUGAAGGUGGAGAGCAGGCAGGAAAAUAUUAUACUGCAGGAUUUAUGUUUGGACCCCAUGGUAUGCAAGUGUGUACCUUUUUAUUGCAAACUUUUACAAGAAAUAUAACUCGGAGAAGUCCAUUACCAGUGAUGCAAUGUGGACUGUUCUACUAUCCUGAUUGUCAGCAGAGUGCUACCAUAAGACUACUUUUUGCCUCUCUUCAUCUUGUAGCAUCGUGAGCAG